ACGAGCAGAAUAAAGAUGGAGUACUUAAUAGCACGUAACAUGAUAAAUGAAUAUCUCAUUGAUAUUCCAUCUUACUUAAAGGAGGAAUUUGGAAGUUUCGCUCUCGCAUAUACUUACGAUAAGAUGUACAAAAAUUCUCGGAGAAUGGAUUUACUCGUAGUCGAAAAUCAACAUGAAUCUCUCCGAUUAAACUUUUAUUUUAAUAGAAAUUUCUUACAAACCAGCAAGCUGCUUGAAAUUAAUUCAAUUCCUUCUUUUCGUUACAAUAAUGUAAUUCCUAUAUUGCGGAUGUUGCAACAUUUACUUACCGAAAAUGUGUUCCAAAAGGGUAUGAGUAUGUAUUUAAAAUUAAAACACUUUACGAAACCCAAAGACUUCUGGCAAUCUAUGGAAAAAACUCUUAAUGAAUGGAUAAAGAAAACAAAUGUAAUUUAACAGAAAAAAUGAAUGGUUGGAUGAAUCAUAAAAAUUAUCCUAUAUUAAAAAUAAUACCCAAUUAUGCUGGUUGCAUAAAUAUAUCGUUAGAAAAUUUUGAUUCAGUUGAUAGUAACAAAUAUAAUUUAUGGAUACCUAUAACUUAUACUACACAGAAAAAUCCCGAUUUUGAUAAGACUUCAUAUCGUGAUGUCAUGUGGUUCUCUACGUCGCAAAAAAUAUUAUGUAUUGAUGAACUCAAAUAUUUUGAAAUGAAUGAUUGGAUUAUAAUCAAUUUACAACAAGCUGGGUACUAUCGUGUCAAUUAUGAUACUGAGAACUGGAACAAAAUUGCAAAAUAUCUAAACUCUAUGGAAUAUACGAACAUACAUGUUCUCAAUCGAGCACAAAUCAUCGAUGAUGCAUAUCAUUUCUUAACGACCGGUCAAAUCGAUUCUUCUAUAUUUUGGAAACUCGCGAAUUACCUACCGCAAGAUAAAGAUUAUAUAGCAUGGUAUCCUAUGAUCAAAGCUAUUGAGUAUAUGUCGAGUGUUUUUCCAUUACCAGAUAGAAGAGUUUAUAAUCUCAAGACAAAAAUACGAAAUAUACUGGAUGAGCUUCUUCAGAAUAUAGGAUACGACGAAAAUAUUACGGACCAUUAUUUUACUAACUAUCUAAGACAAGAAGCAGCAAAAUGGUCAUGUGUUCUCGGUAAUCCUAACUGCCAACAAACAGCAACUUCUAAAUUGCAACAGCAUCUCGAAAAUCGAACAAUAAAUAAACUUUUGCCGUGGUGGGAAGAAUGGACAUAUUGUAAUGGUUUAGCGAUGUCGGGCGAUACUACUUGGAACAAUGUUUUUAAGAUACACACAAAAGAGUCUAAUGAUAAAUAUUUAAAAUUUUUGUCUUGCUCUGAAAAUAUUAAUAUCAUUCAAAACUAUAUUAAACUGAUGAUAUCUGAAAAUAUAAUGGAAACAUCUUCUAUAUUACGUAUGCUGCAAUAUCUACUUACUAAUAAGGUGUUUCAAAAUGGUACCCUAACGUAUUUAAACAAAAUUGCGUCUGCUAAUCAGAUAAAACCUAAUCAAUUUUGGAUCGCUAUGCAAGAUGCUCUUGAUGAAAAGAUUAACAACAAAUAUAACUUAACAGAAAGAAUGGAUGGUUGGAUGAAACUAAAACAUUAUCCUAUAUUGAAAAUAGCACAGUAUUUUAAAGCUACAUAUACAGUUAUAUCGCUAGAAAAUUUCGAUUCAAUUGAUAGUAAUUUGUGGAUACCUAUAACUUAUACUACACAGAACAAUUUUGAUUUUAAUAUUUCACUUCAUAAUGUCAUAUGGUUGAAAUUUACGUCGCAAAAUUUAGCCUUGCAUGUAUCCAAUUUUAAUGAAGAUGAAUGGAUUAUAGUCAAUUUACAACAAGCUGGAUACUAUCGUGUCAAUUAUGAAAAUGAGAACUGGAACAAAAUUGCGGAAUAUCUAAACUCUAAGGAAUAUACGAACAUACAUGUUCUCAAUCGUGCACAAAUCAUUGAUGAUGCAUAUUAUUUCUUCACGACUAAUCAAAUUGAUUCUUCUAUAUUUUGGAAACUCAUGAAUUAUCUAUCUCAAGAGAGAGAUUAUAUAGCAUGGUAUCCUAUGAUCAAAGCUCUUGAGCACAUGUCAAGUGUUUUACCAUUAUCAGAUAUAAGAGUUUACCAUAUUAAAGAAAAAAUGCAAAAUAUAUUGAACGGACUUCUUGAGAAUAUUGGAUAUGAAGAAUCUAAUGAAGAUUAUCUUAUUAAUUGUCUAAAACAAGAAGUUAUAAAAUGGGCAUGCAUUUUUGAUGAACCUAAUUGCAAACAAGUAGCAGCUUCUAAAUUAAAACGACAUCUCAUAAAUCCUAGAAUAAAUAUACUUCUGCCGUGGUGGGAAGAAUGGACAUAUUGUAAUGGUUUGGUGAUGUUGAGCGAUGAUACUUGGCACAAAAUAUUUAAUAUAUAUAUGAAAAAAUCUGAUAAUAAAUAUUUAAAAUUUCUUACUUGCUCUGAAAAUAUUGCUAUUAUUAAGAAUUAUAUGCUAAUGAUAUCUGAAAAUCAUAAUGGAAGAAUAAAAGACGAGGAUCGUAUUGACAGUUUUCAUUUCAUUGUUGCCAAAUAUGCGAAGAAUAGCGUAAUACUUGAUUUUAUAUUAUCGAAAUUUGAGACAAUAGCACCGAGAGAAAUCAGUACAGUUGCAAUAUUAAUUGAUAUUAUUAAUCAUGUAUACUCUGAAGAACAACUUUAUAAGAUACGCCAAUUCGUAAAAAGCUACUUAAAACCAAUAGAGUUGGAUGUCGAACGUAAGAUAAAAAUACGAUUAUCUCAAAUCAAAAGUCAGUUGAACUGUCUUCAAAAACUUUCAAAAUUCGAUCAAAUCAAGCGUGACUGAUCAAUCAUCUGAAUCAAUGGAAAAGAUAGCACUAUACAAUUUUAAUCAAAAGAAUAUGUAGACAAGAGGAGUAUUGGGAAUGAGGCCAUGAAAAAGCUCAGUGACAGAAUGACUAUUUAUUGAGAAGACCAUAACAAUAAGUCUUGAUCACAAAAUCUCUAUUAUCUUUUCCUCUGCUCUUUGAAGAAAGUAUAAUAAUAAAUGUUAAUAU